CUCACUCUCUCUCACUUUCUACUUUGCUCUCUCAUUCUUCCCACAUCUCGUCACCAUGUCUGGGAUCCAGCAGGCCAUGUCUCUCCUCAUCGCCUCCUUCCACAAGUACUCUGGGAAGGAGGGGGACAAGCUGACCCUCAGCAAGGUUGAGCUGAAAGAGCUGCUCCAGGCUGAACUAGGGGAGAUGCUGGGGAAAGCCAGUGACAAGUCAGCAGUGGACAGAAUCUUCAAGGACCUGGACUCUAACAAAGACAACACUGUUGACUUCAAGGAGUAUGUCACUCUGGUGUCCUGCCUCACGGUGAUGUGCAAUGACUUCUUCGUAAAGAAGUAGAGCACUUUCGCCACCUAGCGGCCGUCAUGCAAAACUGCAGGAGGAGACUUCCAUUUUCUCUCCACUAAACAGAGAUUUCACGGGAGGGAGAUACACUUGGAGGACAAUGACAUGCAAACACAGUGAAGCAGCGUAGAGUAGUAAUAUUACAGUAAUAGGUAAUAGUCAGGUUGAAUCUGUGAAUGUGUCCUUGUAAUGCAAAUCCAUUGAUCAACAAAUUAGAUCAAUAAACAAUUUAGAUGAGUAUGCUCAGCC